UUCGCGGUGUCUUCGCUUCGCCCUCUCUAUCGCCCUCGCUGCUUCAUCCAACCCAAGAGAUACACACUCACAUCACCAACCUCUAGCAAUCAUGAAGAUGGAGAUCGGUGCCUUGGCUCUCACCCUCGCGACCACGACGGCGUUCGUGGCGCCGUCCGCGUUCCACGGUUCUCAAAUCGCGCGGCCCCAGCAGGCGACAUCUGCCACCAUGACCAAGAUGGCGGUGAACGACAUGCUGGGCGCGGAUGUUGAGACGGACGGUGUGUUUGACCCCCUCGGGUUCGGCAAGGACGAUGCAUCGCUCUUCAGGCGCCGGGCGGUGGAGCUCAAGCACGGACGUGUCGCUAUGUUGGCCGUCACGGGCUACCUCUUCGCGGAGCAGUGGCACCCCCUGUACGACGGUAAGCUGUCCCCGGGCUUGAAGGCCCUCGGAGAGCUCCCGUUGGCAGCAUGGGUUCAGAUUUUGGGAGCGAUCGCCGUUGUGGAGCUGACUGUGGGCAAGCAGGAUUACGAAAACAAGGCGCCGGGAGAGCUCGGCAACUUCGGUCAGGCAUGGAACCCCUACCCCGACAACCCGGUCGCUUUCUCCAAGCUUCAGCUUAAGGAGCUCAAGAACGGGCGCCUUGCGAUGCUCGCAAUCAUGGGCGAGAUGGUGCAGGAGAAGCUCACCGGCCAAACCGUAAUCGAACAGCUCUCGUCGGGACACAUCAGCCCGUUCGGCGACGGCCAGGGCGCCUUUUGAAUUUUCUGCGGGCUCAACGUUUCUAUCGUAGCGGCGGCGUGAAGAUGCCUUGUUUCGCGUGAUGAAAGCCAAUUUAGCCGGCGUUUUGGUGCAGCCGUUCGCAGGGGAGGACUAGGCGUUUCGUUGAACCGUUUGCCUGACUGACCGAGAAGUUGAGCAGCGCAUUGCACUUUACACCCAUGCACGCGAGGGCUUAUGGGCGAGAAAACUGUGUCCUGUCGAUGGCGGCCUUGUCUCAGCCAAGAGGUGUUUGCGCGGGCUAGUUGUACUCUCUCGUUAAGGGCGUGGUGGUCACAUGUGUGACGGUCGCAGCCAAUACUGCGUAAUCCUUUUAAAACAAUGGCCUCUUUUCCUGAUUUUCUUUCUUUUUUGUCUUGUGUUGGGGGAAACGUGCGGGCAAGCGGGUUAGAUAGAUUUGUCCCGAGUCUGCAGUUGACACGGAUAACUUUGUCCGUCGCAUCUGCUGUCUUGUUAAGGCGGUCGAGGAGUGGUGCUCACCCUCGCUGCUAAACACCACACGCGUGUGGUAGCCGCUUGUUGGUGUCGAAUGUUGCGAGGGUUGAUGGGUCACCCCCCAGCAAAUCCCUCAGUCUUGCAGGCCGAGUCAAAGUUCUGUGUCUUACCAUUCAUUUCAAGCCAACCUCCACCCCGAGCGAUUAGAACGCCUUCGCGUGUUCUUGAUCCCGGGGAACAGGUGUCUUUCCUACUUGUGACAGCCUAUCCGUCGACGUGGCUCUCCUUGGUGUUCCUUGUGAUCAAAGGCCGCAGAGGAUGUCUGCAGAUCACAUGAUGUUGUCUCCGUAGCUGAGGGCAAGGAAACUCGUGCUGGCUUGAGAGUAGUCUACUCCCUGUUUCCUUCGCUAAAAGUGAACUACCGCCGUGUACGUGCAACAAAAGAAACACUCGACUGAAUAUUCUGCGUCUCCGGAAAAAAAUGUCGUCCGACUCGCAAGAACAGGCGAGUGCCUACCGAUUCAGUGUUGGUUGCCGGGUGACACGGCGGCGAUAAUAUAAGCCUCUCCCCCCCCCUCACAGCAUCAACGAUCAAGUUUUCAUGUCGACCUCACAACCUGCCGUUGUUGUGUAUCUUCGUGAAAACACAGAAAUACUCGACCAUUACAGCGGUACGGUACGGGGUUGCAUGCGUGAGUAAACCGUUCGUGUAGUUAGUAGCCUAAGUCACACUUACUAGCAGUAUGCAGUGCGUUUACGUUGAACGAUUGCCAUACGCGCAAAAAAACCAUGGGUGGGUGGGUGAGCAUCAAUAAGUACACGUUCGGCGUGCAGCAAUUGGUGCCGGAUGUCUCGGCGACAACGACCGCAUGCGUAUGUUUCACAUGACCGAGAGAGCACGGGUGCCUCUUGCGCGGAGGAUGUAGAUGGACGUAACUGGGGGAAGACCUGCCAACAACACAAAUGAGCUGCAAAACGGGGGUCAUAUAUGCAGGAAAUGAGAGUAGGCGUUCAAUUAAGAACCCUGUAGCGAAUUUUAAUUGGUCAAACUCGGCCGGAGACCUGCUCCCAUGGUCCUCUUUUGUUAACUCUCCAUGAACAGGACCAGUGUCCCUGACUGCCAUCAUCUCGCUCACACUGACCACUCUUUUGUGUGGAGCCGGUGGCGCAGUCGGCAGCGCGUCUAUCUGCAAGGGGUGCCCGAGUCGCUCAGGACCACAGGUCUGCUGCACGUAGCGUCGCGUGCAGUAGAUGGUAUGCAUUUUACACCGCAAACCUGCAUCCUUUCUACAGCCUUUAGCGUAGACUAGUCUACUGCUGUAAGAAAAGUAGUCAAUCAGACCUACACAAAUGAAGAGCGUCGGGAGUGGAGAGGGGAAGAAUGGUGUCCUUCUCAAGUUUUCCAGAGACUUCCAGCUAGGACAUUCUGCCUGCAAAUAUCCCACAUGUGUCUAGCCGCUGCACCGUUGUGCCCAAGGGACAGAUGCUCCUCUUUGAAACACGAAGCGUUAGCUCCUACUACUCCUGUACCAACGUACCUGGCCUUCAAAAGCGCAGGUUGGCAGCGGUCGGUUCUGCAGAACACAAGUCAUGUCAACCCAACACCACCCGGUCCUCGCUGCUGCUUGGGCGUGCAUUUGCUUCCCCCCCUCACAACCCGAAAAAGUGCUCCUCGAGCACAAUGUAUGGUGCGUUGCCGCUGCGUCAUGUCUUGACUUUUCCAACGCUGAUAGGACCUCUACCGCUACUGCAAGCUUACUAGAACUUCCAAACACGUGUUCGCCUUCUUUCCUGAGUUAUGUAUACCCCGCGUGCUAGACAUUUAUGUGGGCCGAUGGCAGCAUCCGAGCGUUGAAGCAGUGGACGGAAAACCCCAACCUCGUUCGUGCUGCUCCCUAGCAAAUCUCCACGGAUCGUUUCCCUUGCUUUCUUGCUCCUACGCCCCCCAUCCUCCGUUGAUUUGCACUACGUACUGGCGUUCUUCCACAUGCGAA